UGCGGCACCGCGCCCGGGCCGCCACCGGCACCGGCACCGCCACCGGCACGGGCACGGCUGGGCUCCCAGCGCCGGCCCCGGGGCUCCGCCGGCCCUGCCCUGCCCUCCCGUGCCCCCCAAGCCCCGGGCCAAUAAAAUGAUGCAGAGCUCCGCGCUCGCUGCCGAAGGGGCUGUCAAGGGGCUGCCGGAGAUCCUCGGCGUGCCGGUGCAACAAAUCCCCCAGUGCGCCGGCUGCAACCAGCACAUCCUGGACAAGUUCAUCCUGAAGGUGCUGGACCGGCACUGGCACAGCUCCUGCCUCAAGUGCGCCGACUGCCAGAUGCAGCUGGCCGACCGCUGCUUCGCCCGCGCCGGCAGCGUCUACUGCAAGGAGGACUUCUUCAAGCGUUUCGGGACCAAAUGCACGGCGUGCCAGCAGGGCAUCCCCCCCACGCAGGUGGUGCGGAAAGCCCAGGACUUCGUCUACCACCUGCACUGCUUCGCCUGCAUCAUCUGCAGCCGGCAGCUGGCCACGGGCGACGAGUUCUACCUGAUGGAGGACGGGAGACUGGUGUGCAAGGAGGACUACGAGACCGCCAAGCAGAACGAUGACUCCGAGGCGGGGGCGAAGCGGCCCCGGACCACCAUCACGGCCAAGCAGCUGGAGACGCUGAAGAACGCCUACAAGAACUCCCCCAAGCCCGCCCGGCACGUGCGGGAGCAGCUCUCCUCCGAGACGGGGCUGGACAUGAGGGUGGUGCAGGUGUGGUUCCAGAACCGGCGGGCCAAGGAGAAGCGGCUGAAGAAGGACGCGGGGCGGCACCGCUGGGGGCAGUUCUACAAGAGCGUCAAGCGGAGCCGCGGGGGCGGCAAGCUGGAGAAGGAGAGCUCGGCCGAGGACUGCGGUGUCAGCGACAGCGAGCUCAGCUUCCGCGAAGACCAGAUCCUCUCCGAGCUCGGCCACACCAACAGGGUUUACGGCACGGUCGGGGACGUGGCAGGCGGACAGUUGAUGAACGGGAACUUCUCCAUGGACGGGACAGGACAAUCGUACCAGGACUUGCGGGACGGCAGCCCCUACGGGCUCCCCCAGUCGCCGUCGUCCAUCUCGUCCCUGCCGUCCCACCCGCCCUUGCUCAACGGGCUGGACUACGCCAUGGACAGCGGCCUGGGGCUGGUGGCACACGGGGCGCAGGGGGUGAGUCAGACACUGCGCGCCAUGGCCGGGGGGGGCCCCACCUCCGACAUCUCCACGGGGAGCAGCGUCGGGUACCCAGACUUUCCCACCAGCCCGGCCUCCUGGCUGGACGACAUGGAUCACCCCCCCUUCUAAACGCCGCUCGCCCCCCGCCCCGGCCCCCCUCGCAAACCCGCUCCCACCCCCUCCGCCAGCAGCCCGCAAACGCAGCACCGCCGGAGGCGCCCGCCGGGACGUGAGAUGUUUCCAGGAUCUCCCGUGGGAAUCGGACAUGGAGGGCUUUUUGGGGACACGGGGAGGGGGAACGGGGGCGUCCCCAGGGCAUCGGUGAUGUCCGGGGCUCGGCGGGGACAGGGUCGGAUGCUUUUGGGUGUAAGCACAAGGGAGGUGAGGGCGGCACGGUGGGGAAGGGGGGCACCGGCCCUGCUCCAGCCUCGUCCCUCCCCGUGUUGGCGGAGAGCCACGUGCUUGGGAGGGAUGGAGGUGGGAGGGGAGGACAAUCAGGGAAGGCAAAGUCUAUAUUGCAGAAGGGUUUAUUUUUGACCCCUCCCGGGGGUGAUGCCGCUGGCCCCCGGCUCGGGUGGUGGUGAUGGGGCGGGAGCGGAGCUGUCGCCCUGCGGCUGCGGGGCCGUGAUUUAUCCCCGGGUGCGCAGGAGCGCUCGCGGUGCAUCGCUGCGGGCUGUGCCUCGCGAGCACGGCACGGAGGAAUUGCAACGGGGAAAAAAAAAGCCUCGAGCCCGAGAGGCCCAAAAUAUCGGUCGUGGCCGGGAUGUGCGGGGCUGGCACGGGGAGAGGGGACGUGGCCAAAGGUGGUGGGGAGCAGCGGGGUGAGGCGAGCCUGUUUGCUCCUGGGUAUGGCAACAACUUCCCCCAAAAACAGAGGGGAAAAAGCAUUUUGCCAGCUGCAGGGUGAGGAGUGAAGGGCACACGGGGGUGAGCCCCGGCCACACACCUCCUCCAGGUAGCAGGACCGAGUGUGGGUGCAGCCAGCAUGGGGGGAGCCUUGGGGUGGUUUUGGCACCCUUGGGUGCAGGCACACAGCGGGCUGACGGCACUCGGUCCGACGGCUGAAACCCAGCUCAGCGCCUCGCAGCCCCGGGGUGUGCGGGCUGCUGCCAGAGCCCAGAAAGCAAAAGGGAGAAAAAAAUAAAUAAAGGAGUAAGAAUUAAAUAUUCAGCCGAAGAAAGCACAUCGCCAGGACGGGCCCUUGCCCCCCCGCUGGGUGUGUCAGUGCUGCACCCAUGUGCCCCCCCUGCCGUGCCCCCCUUUGGUGCUGCUCUGUGCCAAGCUCCUCGCCACUGGUGGGAGCCCUGGGAUGGUGGGAGGGGGAACAACGGGGGGCAGACCCCUGCAGGGGGUCCCCACUGGCUGUGCUUGUUUGCUGCCCACCCCCCCACACCAUGAGAAGGCCAAACGUCCCCCCCUCCCCUCGCUGUGUAAAUUUUGUACAGUUCCAGAAAGUGAGAGUCUUGUUUCCUGGGGAAAAAAAAAAAAAAAAAAAAGAGAAAAUAAAAAAAAUAAAAAUGAAAUCAAAGAAUAAAACCUUAUUUAUUGCCAUGUCUUUGGGGAGACACAACAUCCCCCUCUCCUGCCCCCUGCCCCAAAUUUUGGGCCCGGGGUGUUGCUUUGUACCCUGCCUCCUGCGCGAUGGCAUGAGCUG